UUCGUAAUCUCUCUUUCCAUGACCGUGCAGAUGCAGAAUGCUCUGUUCUUCAGAUAAUUGGAUUGCAAUCUACGUAGAACUUCUAUUGACUGGCCUCAAAGUUGAAGGGUUCCAUAGGCACUCUAUUCCAUUUACUGAUUUACCGCACAGCACUCUUCAGGCAGUAAGUUAAUGGAGUAGGACUUUGUGCUCCUUGUGAGCACUGGGUUAAAGUGUUUCCCUUCUUUAGACCAGCUGAAAGGGAUGUGUUGCAUAGCCAAACAAUUUCAUAUACCAUUCUAACAGGCUUUUAAGUUGUUCAGUUAACAAGCUUUUUUUUUUUUUUUUUUUGAUAAAUUGCCGCAUGAGUGGGCCAUCCAUCUAAUUUUCUUCCACUUUAUGCUGGACAAACUUUUGACUUUUGUUCUGAUUCCUCUCCUCUUGGUAUGGAUUUACGGGUCAUUUGCUCGACAAAAAGGUGACGGAGAUUUAGAAAGUCGUGAUGGAUAAGGAAUUCUCUUGGCCUGUGGGUAACAUUAGUCUGGAAUGGUACAAAGUUGUUAACUUUCUCUUUUCCUUAUCAACUCUUCUUUACAGAGUUGGAAGAACUUUUCAGAAAGCAACCUCUCUUGCCGUUCUGUCUUCGUUUCACGAUUGAAUCUUAGCUGUGAUGGGAAAACUAUGGGUUGAGGUCUGCCUGAUUUCUGCUAGGGGACUCCGGCGAACAUCUUCACUGUGGAAGCGCCAGUGGUUUGCCGUUGGGUGGAUUGAUACUAACAACAAAUACUGCACCAGGAUAGAUGCUUCGGGAAAUGCUAAUCCAGUUUGGAAAACCAAAUUCUCGACAGUGGUUGAUCCUUCUGAACCUAACUUCCAAGAUAUGGCCCUCCACGUCGAGGUCUAUAGUAGAGAACCCGUCUUUCUUAGAGAAAGGCUCUUGGGAACGACAACGGUGAUUCUUAAGGAAUUUCUGGAGAAGUACUUGAAGAAUUCUGAGGUUCCAAAACCGGUGGAAGAAGUAGGAAGUUUUCAGCUGAGAAAGAAGAAUACAAACAAACCUCGCGGAUUUGUCGAUAUCUCAAUCCGAAUAUCAGAAGAAAGGGAAGAGUCUAGCUCAUACCAAGGUGAUGAGGAAGGAUUUAAGCUCAUGGAUAACAGCAUGGGAAUUAACUUGGAUAUUGGGCACGGACCCCUGCAUUCACAAUUUCCUGCACCCUCACCGCUGCAGCCAGGAAGUCAGCCGCAGACAAGCAGCCAGUAUGCCCAUCCACUUCCAUUUCCUCGGAAUUAUCCCAAUAUACCAACGGGUCCAAGCUAUGCACCAGCCGGGGGAACAAGCUAUCAACCACCAAGAGCUCCACCCCCACUCCCACCACCCUCAAAUGUCGGCUAUAUACAGACCUCUCUACCGAGGACAGAUGAUUUGCGGCCUAGUUACAUGAACAUGCCAUCAUCUGGACCAGCACCUGGACGCAGCAGGGGACCUGGUAUUGGGGUGGGACUAGGUGCUGGAGCAUUAGCUGCUGGAGCCGUGAUCUUUGGGGAUGAUUUUAUGUCAGGUUUUGAUUUUCCACGCAAUUUACAAGAUGCUAGCCUGACAAUAUCAACUGAUCCUCCUUUGGGAAGAAGAAGAAGAAGAGGCAGCAGCUCUAGGGACACAUUUGAAGGAGGCAUCAUGUUUCAGAGCCAUUUGAGAUUUCCCACAAGUUUGCAGUGCUGUGGAGGAGGUAGCUGCAGCUCCCAAACAACACUAACUGGUGACGACAGCACUGAUAUACACCAUAACAAUGACGGAGCCCAGUGGCGUAGCCAUGCAAACCACGUUUUCCAGAACGUCGGCUAUAUACCUACCUCUCUACCGAGGACAGAUGAUCUGCAGCCUAGUUACAUAAACAUGCCGUCAUCUGGACCAGCACCUGGACGCAGCAGGGGACCUGGUAUUGGGGUGGGACUAGGUGCUGGAGCAUUAGCUGCUGGAGCCGUGAUCUUUGGGGAUGAUUUUAUGCCAGGUUUUGAUUUUCCACGCAGUUUACAAGAUGCUAGCCUGAUAAUAUCAACUGAUCCUCCUUUCUGAAUAUGUGUAGAACAUAAUCUGCUGUUGUAUGGCGAGGGACAUUAUUAUUGUUUUAUAUCAUUUCAGUGUUCAACAAUUACUGCACCUGCACCCCGUAACAAACAUGGGAUAUUUGUGA